GCUGGGCUUGUGAUGGCCGCCUGAGGAGUGAGUGCGCGAGAGCAAGGGCCGGGAUCCAGGGCGGGCACGCGAGCCGGCGCGGACUGUUGGAAACGGCGGCGUGUGAGGCAGGCGCGCGGCAUUAUUCUCUAUAUUCUCCUUUAGGUAUUUGGACAUUGUUGCUGAAUAAUGGGGGAGAUAGAAGGAACGUACAGAAUACUGCAGACUCCUGGUUCUCGUUUGGGACUCCAGAAGAAUGCCGGAGUGAGUACGCUGGAGCCAGAGCAGAACCUUUCUACAGCAAUGGCAAUGACACCUGCCAAAAUGCAUGAGAGGGAUCUACUGAUCAAAAUAAAACUGUUGGACAACACUGUGGAAGUACUUGCUGUUGAGUCCAAGUGCUGUGGCCAGACGUUGCUGACAGAGGUUUAUAAGCAUUUGAAUUUGGUUGAGUCCGACUACUUUGGAAUUGAGUUCCAGAACAUCCAGUCAUAUUGGAUUUGGCUUGAACCUAUGAAACCUAUUAUUAAACAAGUACGAAGACCAAAGAAUACAGUGCUUCGUCUAGCUGUAAAGUUUUUCCCUCCUGACCCUGGUCAGCUGCAAGAGGAAUAUACCAGGUAUCUGUUUGCAUUACAAAUCAAAAGAGACUUGGCAGAGGAACGACUAACCUGCAGUGACAACACAGCAGCUCUGAUCAUCUCUCAUCUUCUGCAGUCGGAGAUUGGGGAUUUUGAUGAAUCUGGGGAUCGUGAUCACCUGAAAACAAACCAAUACUUGCCAAAGCAGGAAAGAGUACAAGGAAAGAUACUGGAGUUUCACAGGAAGCACUUGGGCCAAACUCCUGCUGAGUCAGAUUUCCAGGUGCUUGAAAUUGCUCGGAAACUGGAGAUGUAUGGCGUUCGAUUUCACCUUGCAUCUGACCGUGAGGGGUCGAAAAUUAGCCUGGCUGUUUCACACAUGGGCGUACUAGUAUUCCAGGGUACCACAAAAAUCAACACCUUCAACUGGUCUAAGGUCCGUAAAUUAAGCUUCAAGAGAAAAAGGUUUCUUAUCAAGCUACACCCAGAAGUCCAUGGUCCAUAUCAGGAUACGCUGGAGUUUCUGUUUGGCAGUAGGGAUGAGUGUAAAAACUUCUGGAAAAUCUGUGUGGAAUAUCACACUUUCUUCAGGCUCUUUGAUCAGCCGAAACCAAAGGCUAAAGCAGUCUUCUUCAGCAGAGGGUCUUCAUUCAGAUACAGUGGACGAACACAGAAACAGCUGGUGGAUUAUGUUAAAGACAGUGGGAUGAAGAAAACUCCCUAUGAAAGGAGGCACAGCAAAGCUAGAGUGUCUGCUCAUACUUCAAACACAGAUGUGCCAAAACAGAGUGUCUCAUUUACUGAGGGCUUAGGUGCUCCUGGGUCCCAUGCCUCAGUAUCUGCCUCCUUCCAUUCAGUUUAUACAUCAUCCACUACCACUACUGACCUGCCCAUCUGUACAGAGACGAAUCAUUCCUUCUUGGACCCCAGAGCACCGUGUAUGAGGAGUCCAACAGUAGAAAAGAGUAUUGCAACACCAACUGAAGAAACUGGGAAGAAGGCGACACAGCAGCCUGGAUCUCCCAUACUCCAAUCAUUCCAAGGCCUUUCAAUGGACCAUCCUCAGCUCUCUUCCUUCACAUUGAAGAGUCCACAGAGCUUGAACCCCACAUUUCAGGUGAAUUUGAACCCAGCUGGCCAGGGUUCAUCUCCUCUUCUGAGUCCUGUCCUGAGCGAUGCUGGCAGUGCCCGGGUAGAAGAGGAAGAGGAAGUAAAACACAAGCGAUAUCCAACAGAGAAGGUGUAUUUCAUAGCAAAGGAGAUUCUUGCUACUGAACGGACAUAUGUGAAAGACCUAGAAGUCAUUACAGUAUGGUUCCGCAGUGCAGUCAUCAAGGAGAAUGCCAUGCCUGAAGGACUGAUGACACUGCUCUUCUCUAAUAUAGAUCCAAUCUAUGAGUUUCACCGAAGUUUCCUGAAAGAGAUGGAGCAGAGGGUAGCACUAUGGGAAGGACAAUCCAACUCUCAUGUGAAAGGAGAUUAUCAACGGAUUGGAGAUGUCAUGAUGAGGAACAUGUGUAUGCUGAAGGAGUUUACCAGCUACUUGCAGAAACAUGAUGAGGUCCUGACAGAACUGGAGAAAGCAACUAAGUGCUUAAAGAAACUGGAAAUGGUUUAUAAGGAGUUUGAAUUGCAGAAGGUUUGCUAUCUGCCACUCAACACUUUCCUGCUCAAGCCCAUCCAGAGGCUGAUACACUACAAGCUGAUCCUGGGGAGACUUUGCAAGCACUACACAGUAGAUCACCAGGACUAUGCCGACUGCAGGAAUGCACUGAAGGAGGUUACAGAGAUGACAUCUCAGCUCCAAAACAGCCUGAUCCGCCUGGAGAAUUUCCAGAAGCUGACAGAGCUACAACAUGACUUGAUUGGCAUUGAUAACCUCAUAGCACCUGGCAGAGAAUUUAUCCGGGAGGGUUGCUUGUACAAGCUCACUAAAAAAGGUUUACAACAGAGGAUGUUCUUUCUGUUCUCAGAUAUGUUGCUGUACACAAGCAAAGGAGUCACGGGUACCAAUCAGUUCAAAAUUCAUGGACACCUCCCUCUGCAUGGCAUGCUGGUGGAAGAGAGUGAGAAUGAAUGGUCUGUCCCACACUGCUUCACAAUCUAUUCAGCUCAGAAAACAAUAGUAGUGGCAGCAAGUACCCGUCUGGAGAUGGGGAAGUGGAUGGAAGACCUAAACAUGGCGAUUGAAAUGGCCAAAAAAUCUAGUGAGAAAUAUGACACGUUUUUGGAAAGCUCCAUGUAUAAUCGCUCUAACAGAUCCUCUGAUGAGGUCUCUCUAGAGCAGGAAUCCGAAGAUGACAUACAGUCUUCUCGUAGCUCCCUGGACAGGCAGAGCCACCACCGUGCCAACACUACAAUGCACGUGUGCUGGUACCGCAACACCAGUGUCUCCAUGACUGACCACAGUGUGGCCGUCGAGAAUCAGCUUUCAGGGUACCUGCUGAGGAAAUUCAAAAAUAGUAAUGGCUGGCAAAAGCUCUGGGUUGUCUUCACCAACUUCUGUUUGUUCUUCUACAAAACUCACCAGGAUGAUUAUCCAUUGGCCAGUCUCCCACUACUUGGCUACACAGUCAGCACCCCAGUGGAGGCAGAUGGCAUUCAGAAGGAUUAUGUCUUCAAGUUGCAGUUCAAGUCCCAUGUGUAUUUCUUCAGGGCCGAGAGCAAGUACACCUUUGAGAGGUGGAUGGAAGUGAUUAAGAGAGCCACAAAUUCUCCAGGGAGAUCGAGCCUGUUGAUUCCCAUGGAUGAAAAGGAUAUUCACACAAACUGAAGGGGGCAGAGCUGGGUCUCUGCUGUAGACAUCUGUAGUGCGGUGGGAUGGAACAAGGAGUGGGGGGUUGAUAAAGCAGUAACAUGAGAUGCUUGUUUCCACCUGGUGUGGAAGUUAGAUGGACAAGGGAAGUGAUGAACUGGGGUCACAUCAGGUUAGACUGGACUAGAAGAUAUAAAGUCUGCUACAGUCAAAGCUAACUGAAGAGGUAAUGAACCUUAACAAUGGCUGCAAAAUUCCUAUUCUGUGGGAAUCCUAUGGUUUGCUGUGUGCGUGCAUUGCGUUCCAGUUAUGGGUUCUGUAUGGUAUACAUUGGCAUGUCCUGAUGGAGACAGAUGGCCAUGUUCAUUGUGAUUGGGUGUGUCAGUUGUGUUUCUUGGUCCAUAACUGCGGAUAUCAGUCUUUCUGGCUCCCGGGAGUUCCCUUCUGACACUCAGUGUGGCUAAACCUCUGGACUGUCAGCUGCCAUAGCUUCAACCUGCUGGCCACAAACUUCGUGGACUAACUGGGGAUCUGCAGAUGUAUCCAGCCGGAAGGCCUGAAUUCACUUUAAUUUCAAACAGAAAAUACAGCUGCUGUAAAAUCAUGGAGCUCUUCAGGAAAUUGCCAUGGCAACAACUUCACUUUUUUUCGGGGGUGGGGGGAAAUGGGGAGAACAUGAAGCUUUUAGUUUUAGAGGUAUCACAUUUUACAGCUUGGAGCAGGAGACCUGUAUUAAAGAACACACAUGGUUUCCUUAGAGCUCAGAGCCUGCUCUGCUGCAUGCUGAGGGGCCUACCAGAUAUAUUUAUUAUACCUCCAGAGUCCUCUGCAUCCCUCAUGGAGUGGAGGGCUCCUCCUACAAACCCUUUAAUCACCCUCCACUAGUGAGACAUUAUUUAAGGCAGGGAUGGCCAAAGAACUAAUCACAACAUCCUCCAAUGCAAUAUGUUGCUGCUCUUGAGUGAUAUUUUCAAAGGUGCCUAAGUGACAUAGGCAUAUAAGCCCCAUUGAAAGUCACUGAUACUUGUGUUCCUAUGCUAUUUAGGAGUGUUUGAAAAUCCCAGCCCUUAUCUCUCUGGAGGUGGCAUCCAUCUUCAGCUUUAACAUGGUGUGACGAUCACUUGCAUCAAGGUGGAGCAUUAUAUCCUGGCACCUGCUCUCUGUGGGGUUGUGCCACCAUAUUCAAGAUAAAAAUAGUUUCAGUCUGCCCUACUUCCUGCAGAUUUGCUGUUUCCUUUGGAUGCUGUGCAAUGCAGCACUUGAUUGGGCAAAUUAUGGAUGCCCCUUAUCUAAGGACUGGUAAAGUUGUAAUAAGCUGAAAGUAAUAAAUGCUGCUUAUAGGUAACAUAGCUUAGAGGGGCUGAUUUAUAUUUCAGGUGGAAAAGUAUUUGUGUCAGGGAAGAAACAAUAAGGUGUUAGAGAGAGAUAAGAAAGUGCUGUGUGUUGCGAGGAUGACAGAAACAAGAGGAAAGCAGAGACCCCUAUGGAACAUGGGAGAUGCAGGGGCUUGCAUGUGCAACUGUUUCCCCAGAGAGAGAGACUCCUGGGUUUGUUGGUUCAAAGUCUUAUGUGUGCUGGAUGGGAAAGGACUAGGAUCCCAGAUGGGAGGAUUCUAGGUAGAAGAUUUCAUGACCUUUCACUUGGCACCUUCAUCCAUAAAGAAGCAGAGACUGGACCAGUGCAUCAUAAUGACCGUUGUCCAUUGUAAGUUAAAUGUACUUUUUUAAUUUAUUAGUGUCUUAAAAUAAACUGUUGUAGAUGUAUAAAUGUGUGUUUAUUAGCCAUUUCUGCUGUAACCUAGCUGAGGGUAAAUGUCAUGGUGGUGGAAGUAAACAGCUGCUCAGUGUAAAGCUCUGUCAGUGUGCCCGUGUUCAAUCUAAAGCUUUCCUGCUCUUGGGAAGGUAUGUGACGUCUGCAUGCAAGCUGGGUAGUUAGGUCCUUUAGAGUCAGUGGAAGGACAGUCACCAGUUCUAGGCGAAAUACCUUAUUCUUGAGCUUUGCAGCGAUCUCUGUGGAUCCCAGAGUAGUAAGCCUGUGUGAUGGCAUCUUCAAAGAAUUACACGUGUGAUUUUUCUCCUCUUCAGAGCUGAUUAAACCCUCUUUUUCCUUAGCUCUGCAGCUUGAGGGAAGAGGCUUUGGACUCCGUAACAGGUGGUUGAGCUUCUACUGUCUUCAUCUGUUUUCCUGGAUGAUGCUCUGCUUGCCUCUUCUUCCCAAGAACAGUAAUGCACACUAUGAACAUCCAGGGUCUGUUUGAAAGGAAUGAGUGAAACCAGUUUAGAGUGGAGCUUCCCUUUUGAAUGAAAAAUCCCCAGCCGCCGUCCUUGGGAUUUCAACUGCUUGUUAAUCUCUUGCAGUGGGGAUCUGCAGAGGCAAUUUUCAUGAAGGCGAAAAGAGGGUUACCUAUCAGUAAUUGAAGUUUUCUGAGUAUGUCCACACUGACUCUCCUCCAUAGCCUUUUGCUUAGACUUUGAGACAGAGAGGAGUUAAAGUCUGUUAGGAGCAAAGGGCCUUUUACAGCGAUGGUUUAAAACAUUGUUGUAUAGCUCUAGUUAUCUGCUAUUUCUUUUACUUCUUUAAAUGAUUCCAUGGCUUAUGAGUGUGGCAUGCAACUUCCUACAGUGCAGAGGCAGUAUGUCUGAAAAACCCGCUACUGGUAAGUUAGAUGCCUUUCUCAGUCUUGCCCCAAGUGAACAUUUUCUCACAUCAUCUGGUAUUACUGAUCAUCUGCUCCGGAGAGACAGGGACCUGGAAUAGCAGGGAGGAUUAUGUUACAUUGGCAGAGCUGUAUAGAAAGAGCUUGCACAAUACCUCUGUACAAUGCCUGGCACUGACUGAUUUUCUCAAGAGCCAGAGUUUACCACUCUGCAAGCAACAAUACUCAGUGAGUUCAUAUAUUCCAUACAUGCUGACUGGGCCUUGUAGUGUCUCAUUGAUUUAGUACAAGGAUGAGCAACUGGUGGCCCAGAGGCCACACCAGACCCACUGGAUCAUUUUAUUUGGCUCACCACAGCCCAGCUUGGGGUAGGUGAUCCGGCAGCGCCAGAGCCAGGAAGAGGGCGGGUGGCACAUCCUGGGGAAAAGGCCCUGCGUGUGCACAGACGCAUUUCAAUCAUAGAAUCAUAGAGUAUGUCACAUGAUGCUGUGGUGAGAGCCCACAGACCAGAGCAGGGUGUCGGGUGCAGCCCUCAGCAGACAGGAGCUGCUGCUGCUGCAGAGUGAGUGCAGGAUGGACUUUCUCUCUAACUCACCCUGGUGCCUCCCACCCCCGCAUCGCACUGCCUGACCCACCAAAGUGUGUUAGAGGAUUCUUUAGCCCUCUAGUACCUGAGAGUUGCCCAUCUCUGAUUUAGUCUCUUCACAGUUUUCUAGCCUUAAGCAACCCAGUGCGCUACCAUCUACCUUGUAUAUUAGAAGAGGAAAGUCCUGAAGAGUAAGUUAUAUGCAUUGACAAGUAUUGCAUUAUUAAUUUCACCUGAUCAAAAAGCAAUACUGUUUGAAAAAGCUCUUGGGAAAAAAAAACUAGGGCUGUGGAUUAAUCAGUUAACUCAUGCAAUUAACUCAAAAAAAUUA